GCAUUAUGAUGACUGGUAUCGAAAAAGCACGUGAGCCGAAUGAAUUUAUUACUGCACUUGUGAAAGAAAACUCAGGGUUUUAGGAAAGGAAGGAACUAAAAUGAUCAAGCCUGUAACAAAAAAGGAUUGUAGAAAUAAACGUAAGGAAAAGUUUAUAUUGCAGAUUCACCACAACAUUUUUAGAUAGUUUGUACAGGAUAAAAAAGUAAGUUUUGAAUUGACAAGGGUAUAUGUUGAAGACUACUAUAACGACCAAAAAUGCGGUGGAAUGCAUGAAGGUAAAGAGAAAACUCAAAAAGAGAACUCAUAGCUCCAGAUCUUACAAAUCCAGCAUACUUAACCAAAAUAGAACAAUAUCGACAGUUUACUGAGUAUGGGACUAAACCCAAAUACUGCUGAUUUUUUUUAUAAAUGAUAAACGAUCCCUAAAUCUAUUUGACAUAAAUAAGAGGAAUAUGAGAGCAAAUGCGAAGUUAAAUAAAGGAGAAAACCCAAAAAAUUCUGUGUAAAUACAUCAAAAUCUUCAAUCCAUAGGUAAUUCUGUAGACCUAAUAGGAGACUUGUUAUGUUGGAACAACGAAUGUGAUAUUUUAUGUUUUACCGAAAACUGGAAAACUAAAAUCCAACUUUGAAAAAACAUGGUGGAAGUACGAUAUUUGUGAGAAACAAUAUUAAAUUUAACGCAAGAACAGACAUUAACAACUUAAGUAAGGAGUUCAUUGUCGAAUGCUGUGGAUCUGAGGUGCAAAAUGCAAAUAAAAGAAAGAAGAAAAGAAGAAGAAGGGCUCCUGUAGUUUUGUAAUUUUCAUAAACAAGAUGUAACAAUUGCUGCAAAUGUGUACAGGCUCCGGUACCUCCUAAACCGUGGGACGGAAUUCUGGACACCAACGAAACUAAAAGCUGUUGUAUAUCCAUGAUUGGAGGCGGCCAACAGAGUGAAGAUUGCUUGUAUCUCAAUGUAUACACUCCGGCAAGAAAGAUAACUGACAAAUUGCCCGUAAUGUUGUGGAUAUACGGAGGUGCAUUCACCAUGGGAUGUACAUCUGAUGUUAUGGCUGGACCUUUUUAUCUGUUAGAUGAAGAUGUUGUAAUCGUCUAUACAAACUAUAGAUUGGGGCUGUACGGGUUCCUAUCCACCGAAGACGACGUCGUUUUGGGCAACGCAGGGCUGAAAGACCAGUUGCUGGCGAUGAAGUGGACUAAGAAUAAUAUAGCACUUUUCGGUGGAGAUCCAGAAAAAAUAACCAUAUUUGGUGAAAGCGCGGGCGGUAUUUCAGUGGGAGCCCAUCUUGUAAACACAAAAUCUGCAGGGCUGUACAGGGCUGCAAUUUGCCUAAGCGGCUGUUCGCUAACUUAUAUGAACAUUACACAUCAGACCGAAGCCAGAAAAGCAGCGUAUGACUACGCAAAAUAUGUAGAUCCGUUGAUUUCUGAGCAAAAUACGACGACGGAAAUUCGAGAUUUCCUACAAAGCUUGCCGGCAGACGUGCUGACUUCGGCAUUCGCUGCAAAUGACCGUACGGGUAUUUCCAUUGAAGCGGAACAUGAAGAUGCUUACGUCACAAACCGCAGCUUUCCGAGUCUAGAGUCUGGAAAUUUCAAUCAAGUUCCUUUAAUACUGGGGACCACGUCGGAGGAAUCACUUAGUUUCUUUAGUCUUUUGGGUGGAAUGACGCUGAUCAACACAACAGCAACAAAUUAUGAUUCGGAUUUGACCACAGUAAUACCUUCUGAUUUGAUACUACUGCCGGGUACCAACGCAACGAACGUUGGGUCGAUAAUAAGAGAAGCAUACGUCGGUCCAAAUGGAUCAUUUAGUGAAAACUUUGGGGCCGUUGUAGAAUUAACCAGUGACCGUAUGUUUGUGAAAUCAACGUUGAAGCAGGCUGAAAUUCAAUCGAGCAUUACCCCCGUAUAUCUUUAUCAAUUUUCGUUCAUAGGGUGGUUAAACUUGCUUCCGGUCAUCGAAGGGGCAGGAAGAGCGGGACACGGAGCAGAAAGCCCUUACCUUUUUAGUACGCCGCUUAGUUUCUUGCAGUCGAGCGAUGAAAUUUUGAUUAGCAGGCAGAUUGUUCGGCUCUUGAGCAACUUUGCAAAAACAUUGAACCCUACGCCCGAUCCCACGGACCCACUACUCAACGUGACAUGGACUCAAGUUUCGCCGUCAAAUAUUCAAUAUUUAGACUUGGAUAAUGAGCUCGCAAUGAAACCAAACAGAAAGGAAAAGGAAAUGGCCAUGUGGAAUAACGUUUAUUAUGCUUACGGCCAGCAGCCCUUUAUGGGUUUUUGAAAAGUUUAUCUCUUGGUCUAUUCAUUGAUUUAUUUUUUAAAA